AUGGCGGGACGACUACUUGUUCUCCCGGUUGUACUUCUCGCGUCGUCUCUCGCCACGGCGCUCGCGUUUAACGGAGCCUCUAAUGGGGACACUGCAGGACCUCAGGAACCACGAGGCGAUUCAGGGUUAGCGCCCGGGGCUAGGCCUUUGCCGGUCCCCGGUCCGCGCCCUCUUCGGCCUGAUACGUCGUCUGCUUGGAUACCUGGAAUAGAAGGACAUAGAGGAAUCGUCUCGGAGUCCCAGCAGCUAGCGGCGAAGCUGGCGGCGACCCCAGAGAGGACGGCUGUCGCGGAGGUUCUCCGGCAUACUGCAGGAAGCCUUAAAGUCACUCUAGACCGUCUCGCAGCGAGCAGGGAAGCGUACCUGGCGGACCACUCAAAGGUCAUGAACGUUCUCCAAAAGUACGCGAGCGCUCGAGAACUCCUCGAUGCCGGACUGGCGUAUGACAAGUCCUCGGAGAAAGAAAUCGCUGACCGACUGCGAGCAGCGAGGGAUGCUUUCAACACACUUUUCGUGCUCCUGAGCACGACAACGAAAAGAGCCGAGAGCGUCGAGGCUCUUGCGGACGCUCUUGCAGCAAACCAGGCUACCGCAUUUGCUGGCUUGCUGAAGCUUGCCAAGGCAAACAUGACGCAUCGAGACGCUUCAGGGCGCGCCAGAACUGAUCAGGCGACGCCAGACGACUUCGCUGCUGUCCGCGCGGCCGUGUACAACAUGCAAGAUCUGGCAGCGGCGGCCGAGCACGCUACACGGGCCACAGUUGAGACGAAGACCAAACAAACUCAGGAACUCGCCUUCGACCUUAUUCGCAGAUACGAGCUUCUCGCCAGCAACAGGCAGCAACCAGAAGAAAUGCACGCUAGUAGUGGAAGAACACGUGGAAUCAGCACCACGGAUGAUGCUCGAGAUUCGGAGCAGAUCUUGAGUCAGCGCGCGCAGGCGGUCGAGGAAGUACAAGCAUACAUAAAGGAGGCCCGCGCGGCUGAGGACGCUCUGUUUAAGGAGCUCACCAGGGACGCGUUCAAGACGGUGCAGGCAGUUGCUGAAGAGACCGCGAAUACUAAUGAAGCGGCUCUGAAGGCAAUGGAUACAACACCGAAUCCAGACACAGGCUCUAAUACUGCGGUCAUUUUCUUGGGCGUGCUGCUGUGUCUCGCGGUAGCCGCUCUUCUGGCACUGACUGUCUACGCAGUUUCCGUCGUGAUGUCCUUCCAGUCAAAGAUCAAUGCUGCCCGAAUGGGAGAGCAGACCGGGCAGGCCCACAUCGAAGACUAA